GUUUUAUGAUGAUUAGCUUCAUGGAGUAUGACUGAAAAUGCAUAUACAUACAUGAAGUAAAGUCUAUUUCAUAAGGAAAAACUUUGAAAAAGAGAUUUAGACUGUAUUUCAAUUUUUGCAAAUGGCUCACGAAAUCCAUCAAGGUAUGAUUCCACGCGAUGAAUACAUGCUCCCACAUACUGUGCUCAUGGACACAAGUCACAGAGGAGUUACUGAUCGAGACCUCUCACCUUCAGCCAAUGGUAUAAUGGCUAUUACCUCACUGUCUCAGAAAAGACCUUCUUCUUCUGCCUCAGACAUCAGGGAUACCAAAAAACACAGGACAAAGUCUCUUCAUUUCACAUGUACAGUGGUCAGUUGUGGAGAGAAGUUCAGCACUAGUGAGCAGCUAGAUACACAUAUGAAAUUACAUGUGGGGGUCAAGCCUUUUACCUGUGAAGUCUGUGGCAAGGUGUGCCAGACAGAGAGUAAGUUGAAAGCCCACCAAGCAUCACAUGCAACAGAUGGCAUUAAGCCUGUGUGUGAUAUAUGUGAAAGAAACUUUUCAAGUCGUAGUGCUUUAAACAAACACAAAAAAAUGCUUCAUAAACCUAAGCCCCACAUAUGCCCACAUUGCAACUCAGGAUUUGAAGAACGUAAAUAUAUGAUAAUACAUGCGAAAAGGGCCCAUGAUGUUGAUGUUCCUCAUGAAGAAAUGCAGUCUACCUCAUCAAUUACCUUUGAUGUCAGUAACUUUGAAGCGACUGCUGGUUCAAAUGAGUGUAAAGAUCUCUAUAAAGGCAACUAUUCAAUACCUGUUGAAACCAACACUGUUCAUGAUGCAUCCAUGUCAAAUAGCUCUGUUGAAACCCAGAAAGACCAUACUCUGCCAAGUCAAACUAAUAAUGCUGCUUUGGCAAAAAAAGGAGAGUCAAACUCUCAUGCAGUAUGUGCUACAAUAGCAUGUGAAUUAUGCACUUCAACUUUCCCAUCCUUAGCUUACCUGGAGCAACAUAUGGCUGUACAUGUAGGAGAGAAGAAUUUCACGUGUCAUGUUUGUGGGAUGAGUUUCAAUGGACGCAUUGAUCUGAAUAGCCAUAUGAGGUUACACACGCCCGAGAAUGACUGUACAAAUUUUGGUAACAAUAGCUAUAAUAGUGGAAAUUACAAUCAGUUUCCUACGAACCAAAUGCAUCCAGGGCAAGGUAGAGGUCCUCAGCUAUUUUACAGAUAUGCAUGUGCUGUCUGCAGUGAACAAUUUCUAACUCUAGGGAGUCUCAAAAGGCAUCAAGCCAAGGGGCAUAAUACAGCUGUUCUUAACAUCUAACAUAAAAAGGAAGUAAAAAGUGGAGACUUACUAGGAGUUGUAUAUUUUAAUGACUUGGUACAGUUUUUAACAUUAGUAAUAGACAUGAAGAAAUAUUUAGGAAUUACAUGUUCUCUUUAUCUCAUGGCACAUACUUAUGCUUUGUUAUUAGCUGAAAAUAUGUUUUCUCCUUGACAUAUUUCAGCAGAAUGUGAAAGACAUUAGACAGAUAUUAGAUCUGGUCUUUAAGUUUAGAAUGAGAUCUCUUUAAAAGUUAUUUGAAAAUGUUAGUGACUUAGAAUAUGCUUGGAUUUCUCCCAAAAGAUAUAAGUCCUAUAUGACUAUCCCUUGUUAACUUCUUUUUUUUAUUCAUAAUAAUAAGUAUAUAGUUUCCAUGCAAUUUUUAUUUAUAUAUUAUAUUAAUUGAACGGCACCAACAGUCCUGCUUUACAUUAGUGUUUUAUUAGAGAUGAAUUUUAUAAAAAUGAAUGUAAUGGACAAUUUAUAUAGACUGUAUGUGCAUACUCAAUUUUUAAAAUAUAUUGUGAAAUUACAUUCCCAUGCAAAAUGCACAUAAAACAAAUUUAACUUUAAGUAAUCAGUUCCUGUACUUUUAGUAUAUAGAUUUUAGGUAGCUACAAAGUGAUAAUAAUCAAUAUCUUUUUGAUUUUCAGUGUGAUAUUUUAAACUAAACAAGAAAAAAUGAUAGAGUAAUGUUGCACAAACAAAUGUUUGUCAAUUUGGCAACCAGAUUCAAUUGUAAGGGGUUAGCAGAAAUACAAGAUCAUAAUAUUCACAAUAACUUAUUUAUUAUUGUUUGUCAUUUAGAACAAUUUAAUGGUAUAGCGAGUUUCCUUCAAAUUAACAUCAGGGAUAAUGCCAUUGUGUAAAAUAAGAAUAAAUAAGAAAUAUAAAAA